AUGAGUGACUCGGUUGAAGUGACAAUUGAGUCCAAAAUUACAGAAUGUGAAGCAUUUAUUGAUGAGAAUCCAUAUGUUGCAGAAAACUACGAUAAUCUUCUAGAUUUGCUCCAGGUAUCAUCUAAUCCAACAAAGCUUCAUGAUGUUUACAAACAGAAACUUACAUAUUUCCGAUUGAAGCAAAAGGAAUUACUUAACUGGUAUGAAAUCUUGCUCAAAAUUGACGAUGAUUUACAGCGUGCAAGCUUACAGGUGGAAUAUUUCGAAUUAAUCUUGUUGGAUUAUCCUGAUGUACCUACUUGGAAACGAUAUCUUGACCAGUGUGAAACUUUGAUUAAGAUGGAAAUUAUUGAUGAUGAUGACUAUAGAUUGAUAUUACAACGUGCCAUGAAGGAUUGCUUUCAUGAUUUUGAAAAUUGUCACGAAAUUUGGAACAUAAUGUUACUGUAUUUCUAUGACAGAUACCUCAAGACCAAGAAUCAAGACCAUUGGGAUCAUUUGGUGCAAUUACAUUUGCUGAGAUUGGGACAAUCUCAUGCCCAAUUGGAUGAUUCAUUUAGUGAGUUUUCUUCGUUAAUUAGCAAGCAUGACGCCGAACAUUAUGAUCAGCAAAUGACAAAUGCAAAUAAAAUUUACUCUGAUACUAAAAGAAACCAACACUAUUAUGAACACUACGAAAUUAAAAUCAAGUCAGAUCCCUCAAAUCCUCAAGUGUACAUUGACUAUAUCGAGAAUGUGGCAAAAUACGAAUCACGAUCAAUGAUUGCUAUUUUCAACCGAGCCAUACUGGCAGAAUAUUCCUGGUCACCUGAAUGGCAACCAGUAUGGAUGACAGUGAUUUAUCAAUUAUAUGCGCAUGAUGAAAUGAACCUACUUGAACUGCUUUUAAAGAAAUUUGUGAGAACUUUUGCCGAGUCUUGUCGACCAUAUGCUGAGUUAAUUCGAAAUUGUAUAGAGUUUGAUGAUGGCGAGACCUUGUUUAAUGAAACUAAAGAACGAAUAGAUAAUCUUGAUUUAAUGACUAAAUCAGAUUAUUCUGAAUGGAAAUUAUUAGCUCUGGCAAUAAUUCAAUACAGAUUUAACGCCAAGGACAAUGAAAACCUUUACGUUGAUGCCUUGAAAUAUGUUGAGUUUGCCAUUGAUUACAAUAAUGACAUGCUUCAUUCGGUUGAGAAAUUGGCGUGUUCCAUUUUCCAAAAAUUGGGUGAUUUAGAAGAAGCAUCAAAGAUUGUCGAUUUGAUGGUGGAUAGAUUUAACGAACAGGCUGAUGUUUGGUUAUAUAUGAUAAAUUACUUGACUGUCAAUUCCGAAUCACAGGAAACUCUUCGUCAGACGUUCCAAAACGCGCUUUUGUUUGCCGCUGCCAUGGAUGCUCCCGAAAAGAUUAUUGAAGAAUGGUUAAUUUUCGAACAAGCAAAUGGGGAUAUUAGCUCUUAUAGAGAUGCUGUACUUGAAUGUAAUGCUGCAUUGAAGUUCAACUUGAUGAACAAAGUGGAACAAUUCGAAACUAAGAAGGCGGAUGAAGUUGCAAAAGUUGAAAAGGCUGAGAAAAAGAAAAAGUCGGGACAAAAGAGAAAACUUUCUGAAACACAGGAACCAGUACGUUCAAGAGAAGAAUUUACAGUCAAAGUUACAAAUAUUGACAAUGUUAGCAAAGAAGAUUUGAUUGCCAUGUUUCAAGAUUGUGGCGAAAUUAGAGAAAUCUCAGUACUUGAAAACAGUGCCUUAAUCGAGUUUACUACUGACCAAUCGGUGCUAUCUGCCUUGACUAAAGACCAUAAACGGAUCAACGAUCAUGAAAUCACAGUGACCAAACUUGGUAAUUCAACAUUAUAUGUCAACAACUUCCCAUCUACGUACACACAAUCACAAAUUCAAGAUAAAUUUUCAACAGUUGGUCCUAUUGUAUCCAUUCGGUUCCCCCAUCAGAACAAUCCAAAUAAAACAAAAAGAUUUUGCUAUGUCCAAUAUGUUAACCCAGAUGACGCUAAACGAGCAAUUGUUCUCUAUAAUGGAGAAAUGCUUCAUGACGAUCAAUUCAAUACUGAUUUUAAGCUACAGGUUAUGAUUUCCCGGCCCCAAGAAAGGAAACAAAGAAGUAGUCCAAUAUCUGAACGGAAGAUUCGAGUAUCUAACUUGUCUUUUGAACUUGGCGAGGAUCAGAUUAAAGACAUAUUUGUUAAAUGUGGUGAAAUCGACCUGAUUGUUAUUCCGAGAAAGAAUAAGAAAUAUUCCAAUGAAGGGGUUGCAAUUAUUGUAUUUGAAGGUAUUGAAAGUGUUGACCGGGCACUUGAAUUGAAUGAGACCGAAAUCAGUGGAAGAAAGCUACAUGUCGAAAGACCAAGACAUCAUCAUCAGAAAGAGGUGACAGUUAAAGAUUUCAAUAAGCUUAGCACUAUAGGGUUGAUCAAUGUUGAUACUACUUUGAAACCCUAUGAUAUAAAAGCAUAUUUUGAAAAGUUUGGUGCAGUUGAGAAACUGAUGGUGCUUCCUGACUCGGCUAGCGCACUUGUAGAAUUUGCGUCACCAACAACGGCUGGUACGGUAUCUAUGUCAGGUGACAAGAUCAUAUUGGGACAAACUGAAGCUACUAUAACUGAGAUGAGCACUGCUAUAGCUGCUACAGCCCCUGCUACAGCCCCUGCCACAGCCCCUACUCCUGUCCAGUCGGUCAAGCUGACUCGGAUAAUGAUUCCUGCUUCCGUUAAACGGCGCAAGAAGAAUUGAGGCUGGUGGGACCGGGCCUGAGCCGCACCACAUGCAACUCUGGUGUUGCUUUUUCGAGUGAAAAAUUUUUUUUAUUUAGUCACUAGUAAUAAAAUCAGUGAUUUCCCCCCUG